GUCACACGUUACAGCUAAAAUGGCGACCUCCAGCGACAAGUCGCCGUUGUUGGUGAAUAUUGAAGACGAUUCUGUUGAAGUUCUCACUCCAAACACUCAAGCAAGACAUCCUUCUGUUAGAUCGGAAAUUGGUGAAGAAAGAAAGGAUACAGAAAAUGACAGAGCACAAGAAUCAGAUGAUAUUGUCGCGAUUUUUGUCGUGGCUUUUGACACCCGAUCGGGUAAUAUAGUGGAGUGGUGUCUGCCCAAUGAUAUCAAUCUUGAUGGAGUGGAGUUUAAAGCUAUGGCAAGUGGGUCACAUACCGUCCUCACAGAUUUCAUCUACUUCAGGAAAGACAGGUACUAUGGUCUGAGCUGUUUUGAGAACAUGCACGUUGAGAGUGCAGCUGAGAGGGGAGCAAGAAUGAAAUCUGUUGGCGUCCUAUCAACAUCCUACACUAUGCUACACAGACAUAUGAAAUUCUUAGAACACCAAGUCAGACAUCUCUUGCAUUCCCCAGGAAGGUAUGAGGAUCUGGAAGCAUUCUUCAGUGAUCACAAAGCUUCCUUGCCUCUCUCCAGAGACUCAUCAUGGGAAGGUAUAGCUUCGGUCUUACAUAGUUCUUCAAGUCCUCUUCAUCAAAAUGCAUCAACAGUAGUCAAUUCUUCUCAACUAACUCCUCCUAGCUCAGACGAACACCAUCCACAUAUGAAGAUCACACACCCUGCUGGAUGCUUCAGUCAAUUUCUUAGUUUCUUUGGAGAGCAAAUCUUUACGUUGUGGAAAUUUAUCUUAUUAAGAAAGAGAGUUCUCUUCUUUUCACCACCGCCUAUAGGCGUUGUUUGUUAUAAAGUAUAUUGUGCAAGUCUGAUGAGCCACCAUGAUGUUAUCCUCAAUUCAGCUAUUGAACAGAAGCCAUACUUUUAUGUUAAUAUUGCGGAUAUUGACACCUUGGAAUCAGAAAUGUCCUACAUUGCUUGCACGACAGAGAAGAUCUUCCAGGAGAAGCAGAGCUUGUACGACGUCUACGUCGACAACCAAAACGUGACGACCCAUGCAGCCAACCUGAAGGACCUCCUCAGGCCCAAUGAGGUGGACAAGGAGAAGUUCAUGAGGCUCAACAACCAGAGGGCGACAGCAGUCUUCAAUGCUAGGGAACAGGGUGUAGAACCCAGCUCAGAAGAGGAUGAUGAGAUCUUUGCCAAUUUCUUCCUUGAACAAAACAACCACAUCUUCCAGACGUUACAUGAGAUUUCAAGCACGGAAGACAAGUCUCUUACCAAUGACCACAUGAAGGCCAUGGGGCUGGAUCCCAUCGGUGACCGCGCUUUCAUUGUUGACCUCCUGGAACUCUACGGCAUUGAUGUCAUUCUUAUGAUCGAUGCCCCUUGCUGUCCCGUCUGAAGGGGUGACCUGUUUGCUGUACCAGAGUGGGUUCUUCUAAUCGUAUCACAAAUGAGGUUUUAACAUGCUGUAAAUGCUACCUUUUUCAUGAUUAUUGAUUUUCAUGCUGGCAUGUUCACAGUUCCUUUAAUUUUACUCCACAUGUUUGCUAACAGUUUUUUUUUCAAUGUAAAAAGGGGUAAGAUUUCCUUUGAUUAGAACUAUAAUAAUAAUAGUAGUCAUAUUUAUAUAGAGCUUUUUGCCAUAGGAUACAAAGUGCAACUAUUGCUAUCCCCCCUUUAGCUCAAGCUAGAGCUUUAUCAACAACGCUCACUGCAUUGAAGGUAUAAUUUCACCUCAUCUGGGUCUUUACAUAGAAAAUAAUUUCCUGUCUGAGAGAUAUGACUGGAUUAGUAAAAUGAUUAUGGUAAUAAACCAAUGCCAUGUACUAUUUAAUCAUUUUGAUAAAGAAUGCUCAUUACAAUUAGGUAAGUCUUUGCAGAGCUUCCUCACGAGGUGCUUGAGCAUUUUGAAUUAUUUUCUUCUACAAGAUGCCAUACUCCACUUGGGUAGAGAGCAGCAAAUGCAGGUUAUUGAUAUGCUCAAGGACAUUAGCCGAAGGUGCACUCAUUCGUUAUUCUAUAUGUUAGAAUACAAAAGAGAAAUCCUGUAAGUGGAUAUAUUGAAAUCAGUGCUCAUUUCCAAAGAGAUUUCAUAAAUGACUCUUUAUUGGUGUAACCAUUGUAGGGUAUCUGGUCACCUUUUUUGUGAAAAUGAAAUGAUACAACACAAACCUCCAUGGAAGGAAGUAGGAACUGACCUUGAUAGGCAAUUAGUAUAGAUGUUUAUAUUUCAGAGAUUGGGUUUAUACUUGUAACUAUCCUAUAAAUUCUGAUGUUAUUUUAGAUUUUGACAAAUUGCCAUUGCUCAUAUCAUGCAAACUGUAUUGAAUACAUGAGAAAACUUGAUGUAUUGCUUGUGGUUGAAACAGGGUUGGGGUAGUCUUAUCAUGAUUGUUGCACUUUUUAGUGCUUUUGAGAAAUAAAGAAAGCAAGAUUAAUUUGUGAUAUAUUAACUGAAAUAAGAAAGGGACAAUUACCCAGGUUAUUAUUCAUUUUAACAUUAAAAAUUAAUUUUGAGCAGUGUGUGUCAGUGCAAUGAAUGUAUUCAAACUAUUCAAAUGAAUUUAAACAUUUUGAUUUACAUAUUGGCAAUUUCCCUGUUCUCUGAAGGUAUAAAAAUCGGAAAAAAAAAUCUAUUUCACUUAUUUAUUUGCUUAUUUUCAAAUAUGUUUGUGCAAUAUUGUUGUUUAGAACAAAUGUUUUUUCUUAUGCUUUUUAUGCAAUGGGAUCUUUCGUUUUGUGACCAGUUGGUUUCUUAUAAUUACGUUACAUGCAUUCCUCAUAUUGGACCUUCAAAAUAAAGAAAUAGUACUAAAAGGGUCCAUAAUUAUGAUCUUGUUAUUCCCUUCUGAAAUCUUUAUGAAUUAUGAGUGCCACAAGAUGUAAAAUUUUGCAUAAGUAUUAAAGUAUACUUGUGUACAGCAACGUUUUAUAUAAUACUUUGGAACCUUGGUAUUAGAGUCAAUUGGCUUGAAAUCAACACAUAUGGUGUUAUAGUUAAUCAUUGUCAAAUAAUUCCUUCCCAUUCCAUUAGCUGAAGUUGAAUGACUUAAAAGGUUCAACAUGUGUAAAUAAGCUUCAACAUGUGUAAAUGUAGAUGCAGUCAUAUAAGAUUAAUCAUAAUGAAUAGUUGUAAAGCCAAAGCCUGAAUCCACUUAUGCUAAAUGCUCAAGGAAGUGAGGAUCCAGUAUUUUGCUAGGUUGCCGGGUAUAAAUUGUUCUUCUGACCAACAAUUUUUCCCUCCAAAAAUUAUUUUUGGAUUUCUCAAGGUAAACCAAGUUUUGAAGAGAGCAGAUCACUACCCCACCCCACUUCCAUUCUUCAAGCUAUCGAUCCACUGGCAUAUGCAUUUUUUUUUAAGAUUAGAUUUUUUACUUGAUGUAUUGACUUGACCAGGAUGAUUGAAUUACUCAAUUAUUCAAGCAAUUGGUUUACUGUAUGUAUCAUUCUACAAUGUAAUGUUAAUAAAAUCUUUAUAUGACAUUCAGCUUCUUAAUUGAUUUUUUUUUCUUUUUUUUAAAACUGUUUUAACAUUCCUGUUGAGUCAGUCCCUCAGAUGUUGCAUAAACUAUAUUUCAUGUAGCUCUUGAUAUAUGAACAUUGUUUAUUUUUCCGCUGUUCUAAAACAUUCUUUAAAAAAUAUAUUUUUAUUACAAUUUUCUGAUCAGCUCUUUUGUGAAAGAUCUCUGAAUGGUUAAGUACAGACCUUUUUUCCAAAUGAACUCUUUUGGGUAUGAAUUGUUUGGUUAAUGAAUUGGUAGGUACGCAACAGUAAUUUUCAUUUUUCUGGUGCAAGUCUUUGUAAAAAGCAUAUUAAAGCACAUUUAUUCCGCAGUUGUAUUUACUACACUCUUGCUACCUCAAAGUAAAAAAAAAAGAUAUGAUAAUACAAAUAGGUGAGGGUUUCUUUCCCAUUCAGUCUUGUAAUAAAAAGGAUAUUUAUUUGCAAGUGUUCAUUCUUGCUGUUGGUUUAAUUUUGAUAAGAGAUUUUGUUAUCAAAGAAUCCGAUCAAGCCAGAGUAUGCAGUCAUGUGUCUGCUUCGAUAAAAUCGGAGGUGUUUUUAUACUCCAAUUUGAAGGUGAAGUUCACCCCAGAAAAAUAUUGAUUUGAAUAAAUAGAGAAAAUCAAACUAGCAUAAUGCUGAAAAUUUCAUCAAAAUCAGAUGUAAAAUAAGAAAGUGAUGACAUUUAAUGUUUAUUUUUUUUUCACAAGACAGUGAUACGCACAACUCGGUGACAAUGCUUGUUGGAUUUUUCUCUUUUUAUUGAAAUCGACUUUUUAUUGGGGUGGACUUGUCCUUUAAGUGUGAUACAUUUUGUGACUCAGACAUGCAAUUCAUAUUAGGAUAGUAAAUGUAUACUUAUCAAUAAUACCUUAAUAUUAUCAAUAAUGUUAUGAUACUGGUAGUCGAUUACUUGAACAGUGUUGUCAAAACCCAGUCAGGCUAUAUAGAUAUAUUUUAAUAUGAUUUUACUCUUGUUUUUAAUCAUGUGUGGUGCUUCAGAUUGACAUACGCAGUUCUCCAGAUUGACAAAGCUGUUCUCCUACAAGAUGGAAAAAUUUUGGAAAGUUUAGCCAUUAAUGGGGAUUGAAAUGAGCGAGAACCUUAUUAAGCAUGCAAGAGCAUGUUCCAGUCAUGCGCAUAGCUACGCAAAGCUUUAUGAAACAGCACCAAGUAUUAGUAGGCUUUUGUGGAUAAAAGAAAUACAUGUACAUGUAUUAUCUUUGAUAUUCACUUUAUAUGUUUCACAUGUGGCAUUGAUAUAUUUUGCAGUUAUGUGGUCUCAGUACUCCGAUAUGCUCAACUCUUUUCAUGUGUUUUUUUUUAAAUCAAACUUGCUACUUAAUUCCAUUGUGUUCAUAUCCAUGCAAGUGUAAAUAUCAAAUUUUGAUGAUUGUAUUUCAGUGAUAUGCACAAAGUCAUGGCAGUUCAGUUUUCUAAGAUGUGAAAUGAAGGUGUACAUUUAUAUAUAGAGUAUAUUUGGUUCAAGGGAUUUGUAGUUAUAUUUUUUUUUCAUUUGGAAGAGGUGGACACUGAAUAUUAAUAUUGUAUCAUAGUGCAAUAGAUCUGUAUUGGAUACCAUGCUUUAUGUCAUAAAACAUUUUAUUAAAUGACUUGACAGAACCAAG